AUGUGUGCUAAAAAUUUACUAGUAGCGCAUGCUAACGUCUACCAUUUGUAUAAUAAUGAAUUCCGUAAAGUCCAAGGUGGUCAACUCGGUAUAACAAUAAGCUCCGCGUGGUAUGAACCUGAAUCAGAAAAGGAUGUAAAAGCCGCAGAAGAUGUCAUACAAUUCGAGAUGGGUAUUUAUGCCAAUCCAAUAUUUUCGGAAUCUGGAGAUUUUCCGUCAGUCGUGAAAGAAAGGAUAGCAGCGAAGAGUAAGGAACAAGGAUUUCCAAGGUCACGAUUACCACAAUUCACUCCGGAGGAAAUUGAUUUAAUUAAAGGAAGUUUUGACUUUUUUGGAUUGAACCAUUAUACUACUUAUAUGGUUUAUAAAAAUGAAUCAGUCUAUGGACAUUAUAGUUCUCCAUCGUUUAAUGAUGAUAUAGAAGUAAUAACUUAUCAAGAUAGUUCCUGGCAUUCAGGUGCUUCAUUGUGGAUGAAGAGUGUACCUUGGGGAUUUUAUAAGUUAUUAACAAAAAUACGAGAGGAUUUCAACAAUCCGCCAGUUUACAUCACUGAGAAUGGAUUCUCAACCCGAGGUGGUCUAAUUGAUGACGACCGCGUUAAGAAUUAUAGAACAUACAUUGAUUCUAUGCUCGAUGCUAUUGAAGAUGGAUCAGAUAUAAGAGGUUAUGCAGCGUGGAGUUUGAUGGACAAUUUCGAAUGGGUAAUGGGAUACAGUGAACGCUUUGGACUGUACGAGGUGGAUUACGAUAGUCCUGAACGCACCCGCACUCCUCGCAAGUCUGCUUACUUGUACAAGGAGAUGCUGCGCACACGGACACUGGACUAUCAUUAUGAACCUGAUAUGAGCUUGGGAAUGAAUGUUUGUUAUCAUACCAACCCACAAUCAUCACAAGGUCCAUCAUAUAGUGUUUCUGGAUAUGGUGAUUACUUGUGUGCUAAAAAUCUACUAGUAGCGCACGCUAACGUCUACCAUUUGUAUAAUAAUGAAUUUCGUAAAGACCAGGGUAGUCAGAUCGGUAUAACAAUGAGUGCCCCGUGGGCUGAACCUGAAUCAGAAAAGGACAUGGAAGCUGCUGAAGAUGCAAUGCAAUUUGAGCGUGUACCCUGGGGAUUUUAUAAGCUGUUAACAAAAAUACGAGAGGACUACAACAACCCGCCAGUUUACAUCACUGAGAAUGGAUUCUCAACCCGAGGUGGUCUAAUUGAUGACGAUCGCAUAAAGUAUUACAGAACAUACUUUGAUGCUAUGCUCGAUGCUAUUGAAGAUGGAUCAGAUAUAAGAGUUUAUGCAGCGUGGAGUUUGAUGGACAAUUUCGAAUGGAAGAGGGGAUACAGUGAACGUUUCGGACUGUACGAGGUGGACUACGAGAGCCCUGAACGCACCCGUACUCCUCGCAAGUCUGCUUACGUGUACAAGGAGAUGCUGCGUACACGGACACUGGACUAUCAUUAUGAACCUGAUAUGAGCUUGGGAAUGAAUGUCGAUGAUAAUUAA